AUGGGCAGGCGCGCGCCCCGCCCGCUGGUGGACACCACGCCGGCCAAGACCUUCCUCGUGUACCGCAACGGGGACCAGUUCUAUGUGGGCCGCAAGUUCAUGCUCUCGCGGCGCUGCGUGGCUACGUUCGAGGCGCGCCUGGAGCAGCUGACCGAGCAGGUGGCUGUGCCCUUCCGUGUGCGGCGCCUCUACACACCCACGCGCGGCCACCCGGUGCUGAAGCUCGACGCGCUGAGGACCGGGGCCAAGUACAAGUACGUGGCGGCGGGCCGUGAGUGCUUCAGGAAGCUUGAUUAUAUUCAUAUAGUUCCCAGAAAACUUGCCAAGAUGAGAAAGCUGAAGGAAAUCAAACCUGUGGUGCAUUGCGAUAUAAAUGUGGCGUCCAGGUGGCAGACGUGUCAUCGGAUAUCCCAUCACAUUAAUGUUUUUACAAAUGGAAAAUUAUUUAGGCCACUUAUAAAAAUUAUCAUACCCAAAUUCAGCCUGUCAGAUUGGAGUAGUGUGCUGGCCACGAUCGGAGAAAAAGUCUUCCCUCUUGGAGGAGUGAGGAAGUUAUUUACUAUGAAUGGACAUCUUUUGGAUAACUCUAAGGAUUUGCAGGACAAUCAUUUCUAUGUUGCCGUAGGGCUGGAAACCUUCAAACACUUCCCUUAUUGGAGGUCCCCAAGAGUACCCAGUGAGGUCCGACAAAGGUAUGCAGACUUGGAAAAGUGUCCACAGAGAAAGAAAAAAGUAAGUAAGUCCAAAGAAUCUCCUAAGUGUGAGGACAUUCCACCUGAAACAAAGGAUUCGGUUUAUUAUGCCAAAGAAGGAAAGAAGAAAACACUGGUAGAACCUUUUGUCCCAAGUGGUGCAGAAGAUGAUGUGUACAAAACCCAGACUCCUGCGAAGGGUGCCCAGGGAACACUGGAGAUCAAGGAGGACCCGGAUGUGAAGGUGGAAGUGCCUGUGGACCAGGUACCAGCCGAAGUGCUUAAAGAGCUUGACGAUGCACAUGACAACAGCCCUAAGUUUGAGGGCAUCAAGAGCGUGCAGGACCAUGGGAGCAUCCUGGCCAUGUGUCCUGGUGCUGUGCCUCGGAUCUGGCUCCCUGUGUGCCGGAAGUCAGGGGCUGAUUUCAGUGGUCUUUACCCUUAG